UCCGAAAAAGAAAAAUAGUGAGUGCAGAACAAAACAGAAAUCGAGGUCGCUGCUGAACAGGACAUGGCGCAGACGCAGAACAUACGCAACUGGGACAGUAAGGCCAGCGAAAGGUAGCCUGUGUCAAAUACUGUUUUCCAGGAAGGGCUAUCGAAGGCAACGUCUAAAAGAUGGCGUUGACGGCACUGACGUUGACGUGUUUAGCCCUCGUCUCGAAAGUGGCUACAGAACACUGUCCAUCGUACUUCGGGGAGUCCAGCUGGCUCCUGAACUCUACAUUUGGCGACAUGUACGCUGCCUUUGACUGCCCCAGGCCGCACGACCCACCAGGACACACUCACUGCUGCGGGAUGUACUCUUCUAAAUUCUGUUGUCCGGAGAAAUGUGGCCGCUAUGCCUUUUCCUGCCCGCGACCGGCCCCUAGCUGGCCAGACAACGACAACACAAAUUCAAAUUCAGGGACCUACGACAGUGGCGACUACUAUGACACAAGUGAUAGCGGCUCCAGUUUUGCGGCCAGUAGUGGUGGAAUGGCGAUCCUGGCAGUGGCUUUCUUCGCAAUUGUGUGCACCGUGGCGCUGUGUUGUUGUAAAAGUGCCUACAAGAGGGAAGAAGACUUGAGUAGAGCCAUGGGGUCGGACGGGUACGUCGCUACGUACGUUGACGGCACGACGUUGUCAUCACCGGGCCGGGUCAGAGGUCGCUCACAAGCCAACGCCGUAGGAGGUACAGUGGUGCAUCCCACAGUGCACGUGCACCCUCGGUCCUCAGACCAUCAGCCGAACCGUUCGCCUGCAGAGCCGCCGACCCGGGGCUUCCCUCCUUCGGGCCAACCUCCGUUCUCCCCGCCUCCAUCAGCCCCGCCCACACAGGGUUUCUCAGACCCGCCUCCGUUCGCCCCUCCUCCGUUCGCCCCUCCUCCGUCAGCCCCGCCUACACAGGACUUCUCUCCCUCGGCACCACCUCCCUUCGCCCCGCCUAGUCACUACCAAGCAGGGGCGGCUCCAGCAAGUGGACAGCCACCAUUCUCUGACGAACCCCCUCCUUAUGACGUGGCUACCAUGUUUCCUACCGUUGAUCCACAGAACCGUUGAUCCACAAAACCGAUAAUCACACUAUGGAGCAACUGACACCCGUAUUUCCAUGCAAGCAAAGCAUAUCAAAUUCUUUGCACGUCUUCCAAACGCGGUUUGAAAAUGAUAAUGUAUCCUUAGUUGUAAGCUUGCUGUUGGUUCACCCGACGAAUAACUGUUAUCAUUGUCUACUAUAGACCAGAGCUACCGACGAUAUAUUAGCCUGGAGUCCAGCCUUCUAGCGAAUUCUCUUCGGGAGCGGAUCAAUUCGAACAAGGCUGGACUCCAGGCUACGACGAUGUUGCACAGAGGCCAUACUUCGUCUACUCGUCUUCAUAGUCUGCAGAAUACAAAAAUACUUCUGAUUGUAUUUGUAUAUAAGAUGUAUUUGUUUCAUAUUUUGUGAUAAUUUCUCCUGUAAAUACGUAUACAUACAUGUUGCAUUAUAUACCCUCUCAGGAAAUAUACAAUAUGGCACAAGUCGGUACCUCAGCGGAGUGGAAUACUGUAUUACGUCGAAAUGAUUUCUUUGAGCAUCUAACUAAUGUGGAUUUUGAUGUGGGUUUGGCACAUCAUAAUUUGCGAAAGUAGGGUAGCUGAGGUCUUUUGGGGCCGUUCUGUUUGACUUGUGACCAUGUCGAACUUGCCCAUGUCGUAUAUACCGUUAUAUACGUGACUGUUUUUCUAAACAAAGAUAAUGUUCUGACAUGAAUUUUUUAGUGGUAUUGUAUAUACGAUAAUAAAUUAAACAGAAGUAAGCACGAAGAUUCGAGAAUUUCUCCCCCAACAGGAAAUAGUAGGGUGUAUGUGAAUGUACUAAGUAUCAUACGUUAGACCGCAGUAGGUAAAUUUAAUUUUAUGACAUCCUCUACACACUCCGAAUCUAACGCGAGCGUGCAGACUGUGUAAUAAAACAAGGUGGACAAAAAACAAGGUGCCUACAUUUCCACUUUUAGAUAACAUAAAAGCUUGUAAAAAGAAUUGAACCGAUGAAAUUUUUACAAUCAACAAGAUUUAUGUUCCAAUAUUAAGUACUGUAAAUGUAUUUAAGUUCGCGGGGAUCAAUUUCUUGGUAUUGGGACAAAGGACUUUUCGCGGUGGUUUUGAUUUCGCAGUAACACGAUAGACUGCAGUAUAAUACCAUAAUAGAAAAAUGUUCGCGGUGGUUUUAAGUUCGCGGUUAAGUGGUCACCAUGAAAACCGCGAACAUUAAUCCACCGCGAACAUUUCUGCAUUUACAGUAAUACGGUAUAUGGUGAGGUGACACUGGUGUACUGAUAAAGAAGCGUCGCCUUUGCGGACAAAAUUGUUAUUGUCAUUACCAGAGGCGGAAAGAUUUUGAUUUCCUAUCUGCGAUUGGCCAACUCAAUCAUGUAUUAAGCAUUAUCAUUGGUAGAUGCUACUACGUUGGCCAAUGAUAGCGUAUUAAUUUAACACCUACAGUACAUUUUACCCCAUCAAAAUUACCUUUGUACCAUUGGAAAGCUUUGGAGC